CUCUCCUUUUUCUUUCCACUUCCUUUAAAGAGAAUGAAGAAACUGCCUUCCAGAAGAAUCAUAUUAACCCAUCUCCCACCUCAUCUCCUGCCAAUGUCCUUUUUCCAAAGCAAAGCUAAGGUCCUUGUGCUGGUUCGGAACCCCAAAGACACAGCCGUCUCCUACUACCACUUCAACAACAGCUUGCCCAUGUUGCCCUCCUUCGCCUCAUGGGAUGAGUUCUUCAUAGCUUUCAUGAAUGGGAAAUUGGGAUGGGGCUCCUACUUCGAUCAUUUAAUGGAAUGGAACAAGUUUAUUGACAAUGAGAAGAUCAUGGUGAUAAGCUAUGAGGACUUGAAAGAGAAUCAGAUAGUGGGAAUGAAGAAGAUUGCUGCCUUCUUUGGAUUCUCCCUAAGUGAGGAAGAUUUUCACAGAAUUGUCAAAAAGACCAGUUUCCAAGCCAUGAAAGAGAAAUCCAAGGAAACUCAUGGGAAAUUUGGGGACAUUCUCUUCCGUAAGGGAGUUAUUGGGAACUGGAGAAAAUAUUUCUCUAAAGCUCAGAAUGAAGAAAUGGACCGAAAAUUUCAUGAAAGUCUAAGAGGAACAAAGCUGUCAGCCAGCAUGAAAUAUGAUGUGUACUGCAAGGCCUGA